GUGCACGGUGGGACAUCCGGACCGGUUUGCAGCGGGGACUGGGCCCCCACCACCCCCACAUGAUCGCUCGCAGUCCGCGGGAUUGUGAUGAUGCUGAUGCGCGCAGAGCAGAGAGAGACGCACCGCGCCGCAAACCCGCAACCGUGCGUGAGACGCCGCUGCAGGGAUUCACGCUUUCCUCCAUCACACCCUCACCGACAGAAACCCGGAUUCCCCGACCGGUGCAUGAGCCCGAGAACCGGGUAACGCACCAUCCCUCUGCAGCCCCACUCGUACCCCACCCUGUCUGCGGAGUGAGGCAGGGGGCUCGCAGCGUUCAACCGACCCCUUUCAUUUUUCUUUUUGUUACCGCACCUGCUUGGAUGUGCACGCACCGCUGGUUCUGAGUCGUGUUUGAGAGCAGAGAGAGAACGAUGUUGGUGCGAUGCUACCGGGUCAAGCCCGCCGUGUGGGCCGCCCUGUUCGUGCUGGUCCUCUGCUGGUUCUACAUUUUCCCCGUGUACAGGGUGCCCAGCGAUACGGAGAUAGUGGACGAGGUGCUGAGGCAGGGCGGAGUGUGGGAGAAGAACCAGACGGGCAUCGAUCUGUACAGGAAGUUGUUGACGGACUGCUGCGAUCCACGGAGGAACUUCGCCGUCACCAAGGAGAACUCGCCGAUGGGGAAGGUCCUGUGGUACGACGGGGAGUUCUACCACUCGCACACGGUCAACAACGAGACCUACCCGCUCUUUGUGCAGCGCAACCCUCUGCAGUUCCCCCUGAAGAAGUGCGCGGUGGUGGGCAACAGCGGCAUCCUCCGACACAGCAAAUGCGGGCAGCACAUUGACCGGACCGACUUCAUUCUGAGGUGUAACCUUCCGCCGCUCUCAAAGGACUACGUGGAGGACGUGGGAACCCGAACACACCUGGUAACCGCCAACCCCAGCAUCAUAGAGAAAAGGUUUCAGAACCUUCUGUGGUCGAGGAAGGCCUUCGUGGACAACAUGAAGGUCUACGGCUCCAGCUACAUGUACAUGCCAGCGUUCUCCAUGAAGCCCUGCACCGACCUGUCUCUGCGGGCAUCUUACGCACUGGCAGACUCCUCCUCCAACCUCACCAUGCUCUUCGCCAACCCAGAGUUCCUUCGAACGGUGGGCAAAUUCUGGAAAGCCCGAGGCGUGCACGCCAAGCGCCUCUCCACGGGGCUCUUCCUGAUCAGCCUGGCCCUGGGGCUGUGCGAGGAGGUGACGGCCUACGGCUUCUGGCCGUUCGCCAUUGGCCUGGACGGGAAGCCGGUCAGCCACCACUACUAUGACAACAUCCUGCCCUACAAGUGGUUCCACACCAUGCCCGAGGAGUUCGUCCAGCUCUGGCACUUGCACCAAAGCGGCACGCUGCGCUUGAGGCUGGAACACUGCCCCCCUUAGGGAGGAGGGGGGAGCCGGAAAAGAUGGCGGUCCGUUGAGGUUCAGCUGGUUAGAGGACGCAGAGUGAGAUGUCUGGGUUGUGAAUCGGCAGGAAGUUGUUGUCAUGAUGCAAAUGGAUGCACAUACAAUAUUUCCUCUGAGAAACCUCAGCGCUGCAACUGUGUCCGUACACGAUGCUGCUGUGACACCAAGAUCAUCCCUAAUUAUAAUGAGAAUGUCCUCCACCAGGACCAGAAGCAUCAGGGACAGAGAAUAUACUGACACAGGCAAAGACACACACACACACACACACACACACACACACACAUCCACAUGCACACACUCCAAAAAACCUUGACGAAGCCGUACCUCCACUCCUUGUGUCUGAAAUGGUGUGUGUCUGUGUGUGUGUGUGUGUGUGUGUGUGUGGAUGUGUGUUUUUUAUAGAAAGCCCCUCGAGUGGGGCACAGAAAGGUGAAAGUGUGCAAGGCUGGGUGUUUGGGGGAUGGGGUCUUUUUUUUCCGGUCUGUGCGACUGUAUCCGACUGUCAUAUGGGGCAGCUGGACCAAAUCCCCCUCUGGGUCUUUGUUCAACAGAGACAGAAGGAGUGGAGGAGCGGAGGAGCGGGGGGGGGGGUCUGAAUAAUAAAAUGCACUGAAAGAAGAGGGGUGAAGAUGCGAGGUAUGAGGGGAGGGAUAAUGGUGUCCUGCUACCUUGUGGCUUGAAUGGGUCUGGAGGGGGGAAAAAAGAGUGGCAGCGGGAGGAGGAGAGGCUGGUGUGAGCCUGAAAGGAUUUUUUUCUUUGCUUUCCUUCUACCAAGCGUUUGAUUGGCAUCCUGCUUUGCCAAAUAGAGCUUCAGCACCAAGCGGGAGCCGUCAGGAAAGGAGUCUCUGAUCCUACGUCUCCCAGAAUGUUGGGCCAAGUUGCAUUUUAAACCCUUCGCUGAAGAGGGAAAAAGAUAAAACACAUUUUUUUUCUUUCUUUCCCGGAUGAAUGUGACUUUAAAGGGAUGACGCAUUAUCGGCCAAGUGAACAUUUGCGGCCAAAAAAAAAAGAAAAAAAGGAGGAAAGCACCAGAUCACACAUACACCAGGUACCUCACCUUUCAUUCAACACCGACACUGACGGACUGUUUCGGUACGAUUCGCACAAGCCGGGCUGUGUGGACAGAAAACAGCCUGCGUCUUCGAGAGGGGCUUCUAGGAGUCACCUCUCGGUAACAGCACCGUUCUUGCCAAGUGGCGAAUCGGCAGGAACAGUGCCCUCUUUGAUUCACUUUCCCGCUCUGUCCUUGUGCUCUUGAAACGGCGAGACGCUCAUGUACAGAGAGGUAGUGACGGAGACAGUGCUCGGGGACCGGACGUCUCAGUGAGGCAUUUUAACGGCAGAUUGGACACCUUAUACAUUAAACUGUGGUUUAUUUAAGCCGUGGCUGUUGUUUGGAUUUUCGCCUCUGUCCUGUGUUCCUUUUCUAUUAUCGUUAUUUAAUUUUUUACAUUUGAUUUUGGCCACAAGGGAAAAAUAACUUGCUCAUGUACAGGCCCCAAUGACAGAUGCUUUUUGUUUUUUUUCUACUUGCAGGCCUUGCAGAUGUUAUAAAAUAUUAUAAAUAUUCUGUUUUCUUAUUCAAAAAGUGAUAACAAUGUGACCGUGCCAUAUCGUCAGUAAACGCAACAAAAGGACAACUCUGCAUGGAAAGUGCAUGGAGUGCAACCCUCCUCCGACCCAAGGUGCAAAAACAUGUCGAUAGGUUUUAUAUGUUUAUCCACCCUCGUCUGUUAGAGUGAACAAGGUGCAUUUGUAAAGCAUUGAAGACAUUUCCAGCUUCGAUCCUGCUCUUAAAUGUGUUCCUGACUUUAAAGUUAAAUUCACUUAGGCUACAUCUACUACUUUUUGGAUUGAGAGGGCAUAAACUCUACGGAAACGUUUUAUUUUGAAAUCUCCAGGGAUGACUUUUAGUCUAGACGUGCAAAAAUGCCUGGAAACGAAAAUAUAGACACUCACAAACGCUUCCUGAUUGGUUCUUUUCAGUCAUGAUGUAUCUUCGUCAGGCUCUUACCACAUGAGCCCCUCUCCGGAAGAUUAGCCAGUGCAGAACGCAACGUGUAUAAUAUAUCGAUUACAAGAGUGUCUGUUUUCAAAAUAAAACAUAGUAGUAAGGAUGUAGUCUCAUAAGUGAGCUUAAAACUGCUGGACCAAGUAAAUGAAGUGAACAAAAUAGAAUAACUUCCAGUCCAAUUGCACUUGCGGCUCCUCCAGACUGCGAACCAAACUCUAUAAAUACUUUGACCAAUUUCUUUUAUUUUUCGUACUGGGAUAUUUCAUGUUUUUGCACCUUUUAUUUGUUUUUCCUCUCCUGCCCAGUAUUGUGUCUGAACGAGUCGUGACAUAGUGUGAAAUGUAAAAGUAAGCAUGAUGAUUUUUAAACGUGUAUGUGCUUUUUGGUACACAGUUCUAUUUUAAUUAUGUUCGGAUUCUCGCCCUCGUUCCAUCCCACGUGACGGACGCAAGAGCCACGGUGAAGCUGGGAUUUCUUAUCUGAGGGGGGGGGGGGGGAGGAUUAAUCUGUGAUCUUUUACAUUAGCUUUAAAGCUCAAUUCAUUCUUCAAAAGUUGACUUUUUCCAGCGCUACUUAACAAAUCCAAAUACAGUGCAGCUGAUAGUAACACAGACGACAGAUGAGGUUCUUCCUGCUGUGACUUGCACAACUUAAAUCCGAGUGUCAUCUGCAGCUUGUACAUUUUAAUAGAUGUUUUUAACAGUUGUCUGUUAUCGAUCCAGCUCCGGAAGAUCAUGUAAGAGCAAUAUCAUCAACCAUCAGCAACCAGGGGCAGCAUAGCAUUCACAAUUUGUUACGUUCCAGUCACAGGUUCCACCGUAGAGGGUGACUAGUUGCUUAGAGUCUGGUCAUGGAGGAGUCACAUGUUUGACCUGCUGUAGCAUAUGACCAGCCACGCUGUCUUUAUGUGACACCCCGUCCAUUCCUACGUGAUGGUGACUUGAAACCUGCCGAUGUUUCAUAUCAAAGUUUAAGUUCUGCAGGCGUAUCACAUCAGAGUCUAGAUCCGCCUGCAUGGCGACAUGCUGGGUCACAGAAGACGCUGCAAACCGAGUAUGAAGUGGGUCAAAUUGUGAAAAUUAGCCUGAAUGUUAAAGCCUGUCUGUGUACGAUGUGAAUUUCAUGCAGCUUUAGCUUCUUUCCAACUAGACUCAGUAGAGUACAUACCUCUGCCAAGGAUCAACAGUUCACUGAAAUGAGCCAACGAAUGUCACACACUCAGUUCUCUAACUAUGCUUGAUUCUUUUAUUUUUGAUCAAGCUCUGUUGUAGAAAAACGGCCCAAUUUUCAAUGUUAAAUAAAGUGGGGAAUUGAUCUUUAAA